AAAGGCGAAGCCUGCAGGCGCAGCGCUAGCAAGUUGGUGCAUGCGAUUGAUACGAAGGAGAAAAUGGCGCGUAUUGUGUUCUGCAUGUAGCGACACACAUCACCGAUGUGUAUAGACAUUCGGUCAUUGUCACUGUAAAAAUUUGAAACACUUGUCUUCCCAUCAAGAUUUUGGUGGCUUCUUAACACCAAGUUUUGUGAUUGUUUAAGGUUCAAGCACUCGUCGUUGUGCGUGUCUCCACGUGGGCGAAGAUGAGCAUUGCCGCGCGAAAAUUCUGCACCUUGUCUGCAGAGCUGUUUCUGCGUAGUCGGCCUAGCGCGCCUCUGUUGCGGCGGUUGUACUGCGAGGAAAGGCCAACUACUUUCGAAAAGAGCAUCAAUCAGGUAACCCUCCUGGGCCGCGUUGGAAUAGAGCCCCAGCUACGUGGUACUGAUGCGAAUCCGGUUGUUGUGUUCACAUUGGCCACAAACAGCAACUACCGCUAUGAAACUGGUGAAGUACAGCAGAAGACCCAGUGGCACCGUAUCAGCGUGUUCAAACCAUUCCUUCGCAACUCGGUGCACCAGUACACACGCAAAGGUUCUCGAGUGCUGGUCCAGGGACGUUUGGUUUAUGGCGAGAUAACAGACGCCAAGGGUGCAACCCAUGUGACCAGCACGGUGGUGGCAGAUGAUGUGAUUUUCUUGGGCCAAAGUGCGAGAACAGCCAGCACUGAAGAGGAGAGCCUUGCAGACACUAACUUUCAGUGAAAAAAACAUACGCCAUGUGCCAUGGCUGUAAAGUAUUGUAAGUUGUUUAUCGCUUUCUUUUUUUUUUUUUUUUCCUUUUUUGUGGCUUGAGAAGAAACUCACAAAGUUUCAUGAAAGCAGUUUCUCGUUGAUAGCUUUUAAGCAUGUGUGGGAAGCUACAGUUUUCCAUCUGUACACAUAGCCUUUCUUGCUGUUCUAUGCCUUUGGUUUUGUGUUGUUGUUCUUAAGUUCACCUAGAAGGUUUUUGUAGAUAUCGGGUUGUGUCCUAUGCUAUUAAUUUACCCUCUCCCCUUAUGUCUGAGUUUCAGUUAAACCCAUUGAUAUGGGCAUAUCGAAUGAAUGUGCAUAUUUUUCUACUUCCUACAAACAUGAGAAACACUGUUUCUCAGUCUCUUGGCAGAUUGAAGGGAAGUACGAAGAAUGGUAAGAGAGAUGUGUGAGGCCUGUCUGAAUUGCAGCCUCAGCCAUUGCUUCAUUUGUGUCUUAUAUAUGUGAAACAAUAUAGUUUUUGUGAAGCCAAGUGUAAAGUUGGUAACACAUGUCUGUAUUUUUCCUGUAUAUCAUACAAAUUUUGGAUGGGACUGUCAGCCUUAGUCAUGCCAGGUGCAGCUCAGAAAAGAACUCCAAGUAUAAGCAUUAGAGGUGUUCAUUAGAAAGGUUCAGCAAAAGACAGUUAAUAGUUUUUCACGUAUUGUUUACUUUGCUGUUUCUUUUUUCAUUCUGAUAAAAGCUCUUAUAGAACAUUCACUACUUGAAUAAACCAAAUAAGAGCAAAACAAGGCAUGUCCUGAUGCUUACUAAGCACUUGCACUCUUGCAGCCUUAUCUGCCAUACGUGCAAAGCAUGUGUAAGUGUAGCCAACAGAGAUUUAUGCACAAAGUGUGAUUUAACAGUAGUCAACCUUGGACAGCUUAACCAAAAGUGUUUCGCCUCUUAUAAAGUCUCGCUUGUUGAGAUUGCAUUUUCUUGUGUUAUUUGCCUUGACUUCUGCCACUGUAUGUUGUCAGUGUAGUUAUUUGUCAUAGAUGCCAUCAGAAGCCACGGUAACUGAUGCGAAUAUAAUAUACUCAAAUUCGGCAUUCUUGCACUGCUCUGUCUUGCGAGUGUGUGUACUGGCUAUAAAAGAAUGGAUGACACUGGUAAUAUAUUGUGAGAAACUGUCCUACUGCUGUCUUUCUCAGGAAAUACCAGAUUGCAGUCACAACUGAAAUUGAUCAUGCAGUUCAUUUGUACGUAGUGCUAAUCUAUUUGUUACAUUGACAUGCCAUAAAUCAGAAACGGUUCAUCCCCUGCUUAUUGUGUAAUGCUGAAAUGUGUUCUCAGUGCAGGUCUAUUUGGACUUGUGGUGAGCUGUGUAGUAUAAACACGUGUACUGACUGCCAGUGCAGCCUGCAUUUUGUGUACAGUGUGAAGUGCUGGUGAUGCAGUGAUGCUGCCAUCAGAAUAAAUCUUGCACUGACAUUCAA